GUAGGUACUACUGGUGAAAAUCGAAUUAUCGUUGAGACUAUCUGAGAAACACAGUCUCAGUAAUGAAUGUAAAAUUGCGUGAUUUGUGUGUAUUUGAAGAAUUUUUGAAAUGAUUUCAACUUUAACCAAUCUGAAAAUAAUUUAAUAGAGAUUUUACUGUUUACAGAUAAGAUAUUCUAAAAAUCGGACAUCAUGUCCGUAUUGGCGCUGCUGGAAAAUUUCAAGCCGAUAGUAAAAGCUUUCAGUGUAGUCGAAAAACCGAUCACAGACAAUACAAUUUUUCGACUUCAUUACAGAAUAACAACGAUAAUUUUUUUCGUUUGCUGCGUAUUUGUGACAGCUUAUUCUUUAUUUGGCGAUCCAAUUCAAUGUGUAGGAUCUGACGACGAGGGAACGACAAAAGUUGCGACUACUUAUUGUUAUUUGGGAUACACAUAUACCCUACCGAAUAAUCAACACAGUAAUGUAAAGUUAUCCGGAAUAGGCGAACACAUAGAUGGAGAGAAAAAAUAUCAUAAUUAUUAUCGAUGGAUUCCAAUAAUGUUGUUUUUACAAGGCGCCUUAUUUUACAUACCACAUUGGAUUUGGAAAAACUGGGAGGACAAAAGAAUCAGCCAAUUCACCGCAAACAUAAGAGGUCCUAUAUCAGUAGUCAAGCAAGAACACGUGAAGAGGCUGAAGGAAUUGGCGAGAUAUUUCGCGGUCGAAUCCCUGCAUACGCACAAUACAUACGCGUUAAUGUACUACUUUUGCGAAUUUCUCAACUUCAUCAACGUGAUAUUGAAUAUGGUCUUAAUCGAUUCAUUCCUAAACGGCGAAUUCAUCACAUACGGCACCAGAGUAUUGCAAUUCACCGAAACCAUUCAAGAAAACAGAACAGAUCCGAUGAUCGAAAUUUUUCCGCGAAUAACCAAAUGUGACUUUCACAAAUAUGGUUCCAGUGGAACCGUUCAAACACACGAUUUCAUGUGCAUCCUAGCUUUGAACAAUCUUAACGAGAAAAUUUAUAUUUUCUUGUGGUUUUGGUUCAUCUUUUUAGCCUGCAUUUCGCUUUUUCCCAUCUUACGCAGUGUAGCACUUUUCCUAUCACCUUACGUUCGCGAUAAAGUUUUAAAGAUGCAUUACUCUUCUAAAGACAAAUAUAGAAUAGAAGAAGUUGUGCAGAAAAGUCAAAUAGGAGAUUUCUUCGUAUGGGAUUUAUUGGGCAGAAAUUUGUGCUCAAAGUACUAUCGCGAGUUCAUCAAUGAGCUGCAUGCGUUGUUAAUCUACAAAAAUGGUUCUGAAAAAAACUUCGAAGAUGUGCCAGAAAAUGGUACAACUUAUGAGGAAACGAUGUGUGCAAGGCGCUAUAUCGUAUAUGAGUAAUAAUAUGUGAUGUUGUUAGGUAUCUUUGAAUUAUUAAAUGCGACAUUUUUAUACAA